CUCUAUGGUAACUCUAUGGAGUAGCAACGCGCAAACCGAACAACGAAGCGCGAAUAAGCGAACGUACGACCGCGGGUCCACCGUAGCCGGUAUCGAAUUGCAGUAUUCAUCCGAUUCGCAUCCGGUUUCUGGCGUUUUCGGGACGGGCGCACGCAUCGACGCGGCCACCGCGCGCAGUGCCGUUAUGACGGAUCCGCGCGUCGCUGCAUUUCAUACGCGUUCCGGCGAGCCGUGUGGUAGCUCUCUCGCGCGAGUGGUGGCUCUUGUCGAAUAAUGGCGCGCCGGGACGAGUAGCCCAGCUGACAGUCGUGCUAACAAAAUGGUAAUUCGCCGCGGCCGUGCACCGGGAGGCGAUACGUUUCCGCAUACGUGAGCUACGACCGGGGCGGGACGGGCGGGACGGGGAGGUUUGGGCUACGAUGAGUACUGACAGUCAUGAUCAGACAAAACCCUGCAAGACACCUGCGAGGAGCGAGGAGGAGAGCGCGUUUGAUGGUAAACGGAUUAAAAAGGAGCGCAGUGACAUUUGUGUGGAGAAUGGCGACGCUACCGUCGCCGCUGCUGCCUCUACCUCGUCCGCCACAGCCACCGCCGCCGCCGCCACCGCUACCGCCACCACCGUUCCUGCCGUCGUCGAGAAACGACAUCCGCCGGCCGGUAGAUUUGCUUCGAAUGGCUUUCACGGGGACAGUGAUCUACUGCAAGACCUCGUUGCGACCAAGUUUGCGGCACUGGCUAAUCACGGUGCUUCCUCCAAGCAGGACAAGAUUCGGAUUAUGAUAGAGGAUGGCAUUAGUGAAGAGUCUAGAGGGCGUGUGGAUGAAAUCUAUUCUCAAGUGGAACAACUCAAGAUAGAAGAAAAGUUAUUGUUGUACCUGAAAUUUCCAUUACUGCUGACAAAUCCAAAUGGGACUGUCGAUCCACUGAGACAGCCACUAAAUCCCUUAGGAAAUCGUUAUGAAAUUCAUCAGACUAUUAUGUGGAUUAAGACACACUUGGAAGAAGAUCCAGAAGUAUCCUUACCGAAGCAAGAAGUCUAUGACGAAUACAACAUGUAUUGUAUAACAAAUUCUAUGAAGCCGCUAUCGACAGCGGACUUCGGAAAAGUCAUGAAACAAGUAUACCCGCGAGUACGUCCUCGCCGUCUAGGAACACGAGGCAACUCUCGUUACUGUUACGCAGGAAUGCGCAAGCGAAUUAAAUUGGAUCCUCCGACAUUGCCAAAGAUAUCUGACCUUCAAAUUGAGGAGCAUGCGGAGGAAAGCAUUACUGAGGAAAUGCUAGGCGCUGCGUCUACGUUGAUAAGAGAAUGGGCAGAAAGCGUGUUGGGCCUGAAAUUUCAAAAUUUGAGUGCCUUAGCGCGGCAUCUUGUUGAUAAUCUCUGUGUCAAUACUCGAUCUCUGGCUGCUGUGUGCAUUUUGUCUGCUUCGGACGAGCGCAAUGCCUCGUCUGACAAAGAGGCGAUCUCGGAUCUACCGACAACACCUGUGAGUGGUAAGCCUGCUAAGCUUCGAGAGGCUCAGCUGCAGUUGCAACGCAAGCUUCAGCAACGCGAACAUAUAAAGGACCAGAAACAUGGUCUUGAUACCAUUGUACAGAGCAAAGAGAAGGCCGUCAACAGUAAAGGAAAUGUCAGUCAUAAGGGAUGUAAGAAAGCUAAAUCCAACCAGUCGUCACAAGGUGCAACCUCAGUGACAACACUGGCCGCGCAAAAUUCGCUGGCAAAGCUGUCUGUAGUCUUCAAUCGACAAAAGAGAGUAUCGAAAGCCAUCCAACAGCAGCAACAGCAGCAGCAGCAGCAACAACAACAGCAGCAGCCCUGCAAUAUCCCCCAGGAGUCUAACUGUGAUAAUCUAGUGGUACAAUCGCGCGACGACGGACAGAAUAGCAACUCUAGAGUAAUGUUGAGCGCACAGCGCGAUGUCAAAGGUAAAAAUUCCAGGAAACGUGCCAAUAAUCCAAUUGUAACGCAACAGGAGCCCAGCCCUGAGAAACAGACGAAGCUUGCAGAAGAAAGCCCGGAUCAUUCCAACGCUUUGCUGACCAAGCUGGCGUCUAUCCAACGCGCCGGCAAGAUAUCGGUAAUAUUGGCCGGUAAGCCGCGAUCCAUCAGGUGCAAAGCGGUCGAGACUGCGGACAGUCAGCUCAUUAAAAACUGUGAUAUCAUCUCGUCGAGGAGUUUUUCCGCCACUGGCGCGGUGGAAGCGUCCUCAGGACUCCUCACGAGGGACCAGAUCCGUCUUUUGCAGGAUACGCCCGUGUUCAAGGACGAGAAGCUCCGGAGCAUCGACACGGACGCCCUGGACGAUUAUCUGAACGGCGGGAACAAUUCGCAGGAGCAGGAGGAGGAGCUGCUGCAGUACUUCCAGCAGAGCAGCUCGUCCAGCUCCGACGUGGAGACCGGCGUCGUCGGCUCCGACGAGCAGAUCUCGCGCUCGGACAAGGUGUCGCAGCUGCGGCUGAUACUGCAGCAGAACCUGAAGGCGUCCAUCGUCACCGCCGAGCCGGCGCCCGCGACCAUCGUCCGGCAGAGCGUCGCCGCGGAAAAGCAGGACUCCUCCCAGAAACAUAACCUUAUUCUGCCGACCCUCCUGAACCAUCCGAACCCGAGCAGCACGCGCCGUCGCGUCAGCUUCGAGACGAAUGUCGUCGAGCACGCGCAAGAGACCUCGGCGACGCCGAGCGCGACCAACACCGUGCCGCAGAGCCCGAACACGCGACGCAGGAUAUUCAACUUCACCCCGAUCUCGCCCGGACCGCACUCGCCGAUCAACGGCCGCGCGUCCAAAUCGAACUCGGCGAACGCGAGUCCGUUCGUCUCGCCGCGCAACACCCCGGUGCCGCGGUCGCGCAGCAAUUUGCAGGCCGUCAGUUCCAGAUCGCGCGGCCAGAAGACGCUUUCCCGCUCAAUCUCGUGCAGCGUGCCAUACACGAUCAAGACGACCGACACCUUCAUCGUGCCGACGUCCAGCGGCGCGGAGCCCACGCGACACGUGUUGGUGGCGACGACUAAGUCGUCGGAGGUCGUCCUGAAGGGACCACCGUGCACCGCAUUUCUGGACCUGACGCCUCAGAAGCAAUUGCUGAUCAACUAUCCGAGCCAAGAGAAUCUACAGGAAAUCAAGAACGUGUACCAAAAGGACCAGCCGCCCCCGCCCGACCAGGAAAUCACAGAGCUUCUCCAUGCCGGCAGGCACUCGAGCAACGAGCAAUUGUUCUACAGAUCGCAGUCGGUGCCGCUGCACAGAAUGGUGAAUCCCGUGUCCCUGAUGUCGCCGAUUUCCGCGCACCAUUGCCUGUCGACGGUGCAGAGUCAGAGCUUCAACCCGUCGACGAGCAGUUCCAUCGCGCCUACCCCGGUGCCGAGCGAGUACAACGACUUCGGCACCGCCGUCGGGCAGGAGGGCGCGUACCUGCUGGACGACGCAAACUUCAUGUCGGACGAGCAGCAGUUCUUGAUGACCGACAAGGAGAUCACGACCGAGAAUAUCAACAAUAUUCUCACGAUCUUGGACGAGGAUGGCCAGAUGCUGCCGGAGCAGACGACGGAGGAGACGCUGAGCAACGCGAUUGUCCUCGACUCCUUGCCGAAUGCCAAUCUGAAUCUGUCGGAGGAGGACAUGAUGGACCCGUCUAUCCUCGGCGUCGCCGGCAGCACGCUGCAGAAGAUCAUUCAGUCGCGCUCGUACCCGAACACGCCGCUGCCGGCGGCGGUGUCCGCGUACACGCCAUCGUACACCGAGGACAGCAACGGCUCUAGAUCGUAUCCGUCGACGCCUCUGCACACGAUGCAGUCGCAGGAGGUGUAUCGGGACGCGGGCGAACCGAUGCUGUCCAGCCCGAUUCUCAAUUCUCUCAGCCUGCAGAGCGACACGUCGAACGUCGCCGUUGACGCACCGACCGCGUCCUCCAACAGCUUUUGCAGAAACGUCGCCGAACUCCUGGACGCGAACUUUCUCGACGAAGCCGACACGGAGACGGACGACUUGGAUCCCCUCGGUAAUUUCGACGGCCUGCAAGAUGUGGACUCGUUGACGCCGCUGUUCAACGAAGUCACGGAGCCUAAUUGUUGAGACCGCAUCUUCGAUCCACCGUAAUUUCGCACUCGCAAAUAAGGUGAUGAGAUGUUAAACUGUUUUCGGUCCGGUGGUUCUCAGUCGUCUUUAUCUCAUAGAGACCAUUGUAGAAUAAACGUCGGAGGUUAGAAGCGAGAUAUAUCAGCGAAUUUUAAUAAGUACUAAGAUAUUAUUCAAUUUUAAGAUGUAGGGUAUUUUUCGGAUAGAUUUUCUUUGUAUCUAUUGCGGCAUCUAUUCAUCAGUUUCAAUUAUUUGAUUUAUUUUUUACUACAAAUUGUGUAUAUAUAUAUAUUAUAUAUAUGCAUGUAAAAUUAGGUUCUUUAUAAAAAAUUAUUUCAGCUUGUAGUAAAUUAUGUUUUAACAUGCAAUUUACUACCCAGGCUGUACUGACUGUUUGAUCUUUGCAAUAAAGAAUAGUAUAAAAAUGUCUAAAAUUUUGAACUUUGCGAAAUAUGAUUUUAAAAGUACGUUUUUAAAUAAAUGUAUAAUUUUAAUGAUUUUGUAAAAUAUAUAAUUUCAUAGAAAACUUUGUUUCCAACAUAAAGUAUGUAAUGUAUAUGAGAGAAAGUCAAACAAAGAAAGGGCUUUUUUUGAUUCUUCAAUCGAGUUUUUUUUUAGUUUUGACUUUUUCUAUAGGUAUUCUAUUUGUAUAUAUUAUAUAUUUUAUUAUGAGAAUUGUAUAAUAUUAUUCUUCGGCAAAGUUUACAAUUUCCCUCGCAACGUGAAAAGUCAGUCGCAAUGUACGAUGUCCAACUGCAACUUUUAUUUCAUUUGUGAAUAUACUCGACACUUUACGCGAGCACAAGUUCAAAUAUUUAUAUGUUUUGAUCUUUCAAACGUCCUAGUGAGAAGUGAAAUUGCAUUUUUGUACAUUUUAGCUAAAUACUAAAUUAUUAAUUGUGUAUAAAUGAAUGAUUACAAUAUGUCUUCUGUAUAAUGUCAAUCUUGUGUAUUUUAAUAUGACUGAUAAACUGAUUCGAUAAUGUUUAA